AUGUAUCCGCAUGUAUUGGCAUCUCCUGCAUGUGGUCAUGCCAAUGAUUUUAGCAAGAAUAAUGUCGAUGAGUCUGGUGAUUCGUCUGCUGUGAUCCACUCAAAAUCUUAUGAAUUACCUCAAAGACUUCCACUGAUAGUUCCACAGAAUCCGACACAUCAUAAACCGCGUAAACCCAUACCUGAAGAACAUGAAAAUUUCUUGGAUGAUUUAAUUGGUGUUGAUGAAGACACAACCACAGAAACUAAUAUUUCGGAAUUAUUAGCAGCAGGUGAACGUGAUUUAGAUGCUCUUAUGUUGGGAGGACGCGUUCCACUAAAGAAGAGUUCAUCUCACCAUGGACAAAUUACUAACCCCAUGGUUAUUAAGCGAAAAGCAGAACGUCAUCGUUAUCGUAACCAGCAAGUUGUCAGACUUGAGAGAAACGCUCAUAUAACAUUGUCUGUAAAUUCUGUUUAA